UGCAACAGCACACCAAAUAGCGUCAGUUUUAGUCAGUUAGCGUACUGUAGAGACGACUCCAACAGCGUAGUGAGUAUGGAGGCAGUAUAGUCGAAGAAACUACUCAAGAGUAAGACUGCAGACAACAAAGACUGAGAGACGGUGAGAGAGAAAUCUAGAGAGAGACAGACGGAGAACGCUAUAGAGAAAUGGCAAAGAGUGAGAGUAAAGCUCCAUCAGCAGCUGCAGACGGCGAAGGAGGGUAUCCCUGGCUGGUUCCCAGAGGUAGUCUCCUGGAGAGAAAGCUGCUGGCGGAGGGACGCAGGGAGGAGCUACUGACGCUCCUCUAUCAGGACAAGCUCACCCCUGAGCAAGUCCAGGAACUGGUGAGGGAAUGGAUCGAUCUGGUCACAGAGAGAGACAAACUCCUACGGGAAGAGCUCCAGCAACAAUACAGGGAGGAGAAGGAAGAGUAUCUGAGAGACCUGAGAACAUUUCUGGACCGCAUCCCACUGGCCGAGCAGUCGUACGAGGAAUCGCAGCUCAAGAAAUGCAUACUCAUGUUGGAGAAACAGGUCACAAACUACUGCAACAGCCACAACAUUGACGUGGCUCCGCGCCGAGUGGCCGCCUGGCGCUCCGUGCCCAGCGGGUUAGAGCGAGGAGAGGGGAGCGGUGCGGACAAUCCUUCGCCUGACGGGAAACGAGAGAGGACGAGGACUCGAUCUGUGUCGUCUCUGAAUAACGGGAACGGUUCGGUCAACUGCACCGACGGAACUGAAGUGGGAGCCGCAGCUAAACCAAGUCUCUCUCUGCCGGGGAGAGACCCGGAGCCACCUCAACCACCCAACUCUGUGGUAGUUGAGGUCGUCAUUGAGUGCGAGGACACACAUCUUCCCAGAAAUCCUCCCCCACCUCCCACUGCCGGACUCCCUCCCCCUCCCCCACCUCCUCCCCCUCCUCCUCCACCUGCCACACUUAGGCCCAUCCUACUCAAAAGAGGAGCUGCCAACACCGCAGGAACCGGUCAGUUUGUUAGUGGAGCAGUGUACAACCAACAACAUCAGCAGCAACACUCUGCCCAGAACAUACCCCUGCCUGGAGUCAGAGCCGAUAGAAGUUUCCUCGACGAGAUAGCCAGCGUCGGACAGACGAAGCUACGUUCGACAAAGCGACCUCGUUCCCCCGGGGGCACCCCAAUCAAGACACCGGCGAAACCCACAACGACCCCCUCGGCGAACGACAAGAUCCAGCAGGCCCUCAUGAGCAGGAUCAAGACCCUUCAUUCCACCCCCAUACGGCCAAAAUCCCAGACGAGACAACAACAGCCGAGCAUCACCAGUGAUCCCAACGACUUCUCAAACCAGUGGUCCGACAUCAACAGCUUCGAGGACCCUGAUUUCACCACUGGAGACACUACCACUGCCACCACCACCACCACCGCUGGCAAUACUCCACCUGGUGUGGUGUCCUCUCCCAAUAUAUCGGAGGGGUUCAGUCCGAGCACUUCAAAAAUAUCCACCCCCAAGCCCGGGAAGGGGGCGUCGGCCAGUGGGAAGGGUAGGCGGGGCUGGAGGAACCUAGGGAGGAAGAAGACUGGGAAGGGACGGGGAGCCAGCCCUAAUACAUCCACCGCCGUCUGAGAACAGCUCACUGGUUGUUAGGCACUCCCUAAAUGUAUGUUUUGUGGACUCAACUCAUGCACAGAGCACGUCAUCAGUCUAUUUUUACUUGUCAAUUGGCUUUUGCACUUUUCACAAGAUCAACGCAUGCGCAAAAUG